CUCGUUCCGGCUCUCAAAGGCACACGUCAUGAUCCACGCCCCUCGCUAGACGCUCCGCCCUCUGCCCCGCCUCCUGCCGUGCACAUGCCUGUGGGUUUCCGGAUCCGGGGCAGCCAACAACCACCGUUUAGUUCCGGGUGCGCAGGCGCUGUGGCCGUUGCCCGAGCCGCUCCGCUCUCGCUAUGAAGAUCACGCGGCAGAAACAUGCCAAGAAAUAUAUGAGCUUCUACAAGUACAACUUCGGCUUCCGGGAGCCCUUCCAGGUGCUGCUGGACGGGACUUUCUGCCAGGCCGCGCUGCGCAACAAGAUCCAGAUCCGCGACCAGCUGCCCGGCUACCUCGCCGGGGCCACGCAGCUCUGCACCACCCGAUGUGUUCUAAAAGAAUUGGAGUCAUUGGGGAAGGAACUUUAUGGAGCAAAGCUAAUUGCCCAAAGAUUUCAAGUUCGAAACUGUUCCCACUUCAAAGAUCCAGUGAGUGGUUCAGCAUGUCUAUUGUCCAUGAUUGAAGAGGGUAAUCCUCAUCACUAUUUCGUUGCUACGCAGGACCAGGAUUUGGCAACAAAAGUGAAGAAAAAGCCUGGAGUUCCUCUUCUCUUUAUUAUUCAGAACACUAUGGUGCUGGACAAACCUUCUCCGAAAUCACUGGCAUUUGUUCAAGCCAUGCAGGCAAAUCAGCUUGUUCCAGAGCACCAGAAACAAAGUAUUGAGCAUCUUAAAGAAGAACAGGGACUAGUAAAGGAGCCUGAAAACAGAAGAAAACGUAAGAGGGCAGGUGGCCCCAAUCCUCUUAGCUGCCUGAAGAAAAAUAAAAAAGUGCAGGAGACCCAACAGCCUUCCGCUGCUAAGAAGAAACGAAAAAGAAAACGAAACCGGGCUAAAUCAGAAGCAAAGGCAGUGUCUGUGCAGCUGAGUGUGAAAGCAUAAAGCCGCCCAUAUAAACCUUACUGGACUUGAAUACAGCUUGAACUUUGUGCAAAGAAAAAAAAUUUCUUACAAUUCUAAUAUGAAAAUAAGUGUUUAUUUUUA